AAGUAACUUUAAAAUUUCCCUCAUGACUGAAGCCACGGUUGUCCCGACAGAGGGAAUACCUUCCAAUAUAUCUUUAUUACCUCAGGAAAGCUUGCCACGGAAGGAUCUUAAUAAGGACUCUAAAAGGAGUAAAAACAAAGAAACUAAGAAAGAGAAAAUUAAAACAGUACCUUACUUUAAACUAUUUAGAUUUGCAACCCGAUUUGACAUCUUUUUAGUCAUAGUAGGUUGUCUGGCAUCACUAGGCCACGGUGCGAUGACCCCCCUCUUUACAAUUCUAUUUGGCAACAUUAUUGAUGAAUUCAAAACGCAAAAUCCGGAUCUUCUUUUGAGCCAAGUAAAAGAUAUUGCAGUUUGGUUCCUAAUAUUUGGUAGCAUAGCUGGAGUCUGUUCUUACUUACAGGUGGGUUGCUUGCUAACGUCCGCGCAAAACCAAGCCCACCGCAUGAGACAAAAUUAUAUCAGUUCGCUCCUUCGCCAAGACAUGAGUUGGUAUGACGACAUUGAUUCCGGCGAGCUUGCCACGAGAGUCACGAGUGACGUGGCUGAUGUCGAGCAGGGCAUUGCUGAUAAACUCGGUAGUUUUCUUCACUACUCCUCUCUCUCGCUGGUUGGCUUCAUCAUCGGCUUCGUAAAAGGCUGGAAGCUGACUCUUAUUAUACUCGCAGCCUCGCCGCUCCUGGUCAUUGCCGCUGGAGCCAUGGCCCACGUGUUAUCCCGAGCGUCUUCCGAGGGCAACAAGGCAUAUGCCAAAGCUGACGGCGUCGCGAACGAAGUAUUCAGCAUGUUUCGAACUGUAGUGGCGUUCAGCGGCGAGGAAUACGAGGUCAACCGCUAUCGAGCUGAACUGCAAGGCUCGUAUAAGUCUGGCAGGAAGUCCGCCAUUGCGACGGGACUGGGGCUAGGCAUCACCAUGUCUAUUGUUAUUAUGGCCUACGCUUUAGGCUUCUGGGUCGGCUACACGUUUGUCCAGAAGAACGAAAUGAGCACCGGCAGCGUGUUAACUGUCUUUUUCUCUGUUAUUAUUGGAGCCAUGGCUAUUGGGAACGCCUCCCCGAAUAUCACCGCCAUGGCAAAGGCCCAAGGAGCCGCCUACUUUAUCUUCGACGUCAUUGGCAGAGAGCCCAAAAUUGACAACUUUUCGAAUGCGGGGAAAGUCCCCGAAAAGCCCUGCAAAGGAGACUUGGCCUUCAAUAACGUUCACUUCCAGUAUAAAGAAAACGGUAAAAAAGUUCUUGAAAAUAUGACCUUUGAAGUAAAAAGCGGCGAAACGAUAGCCUUGAUAGGCGAGUCUGGUUGUGGUAAGUCCACAAUCGUGUCAUUGGUUGAAAGGUUUUAUUCUCCGACGGCCGGGGAUAUUCUUCUGGACGGCGUUAAAAUAGAUGAGCUGAAUAUACAGUGGCUUCGCUCACAGAUUGGCUAUGUGAGUCAGAUGCCGACACUUUUUGAGGGCACCGUCGAGUACAACAUAUCGCUCGGGGCUGGUUUUAUUCUCAAUGAAGCAUAUGACCCCUCGAGGUCGGGGGGUUUGAACAAUCCGAGGUUCAGGAGGCAGGAAGUCACAAUUGACAUGAUAGUGGAGGCUGCAAAGAAAGCAAAUGCCCACUCCUUCAUCUCCACCUUGCCGAAUGGCUAUAAGACUUACAUCGGGCCACGGGGGACGCAACUCAGCGGCGGGCAGAAGCAACGCAUUGCCAUAGCAAGAGCACUCGUUAGGGACCCCAGAGUUUUGCUUUUUGAUGAGGCUACUUCUGCUUUAGACUCCGAGAGCGAGAGGGUGGUUCAGGAAGCGCUGGACAAGGCGUCUGAGGGUCGAACGACCAUCGUCAUAGCCCAUCGGCUCUCCACUAUAAGGCACGCCACCAAAAUAGCGGUGGUGGUAAAUGGAGCGAUCUCGGAACUCGGUUCUCACUCUGAGCUCCUGCAGAAUCCUCAGAGUUUGUAUUCCAAAAUGCUUGAGUUGCAGAAGCUUAAAGAAUCUGAGCUAAGUGGUUCGAGUGAUCUGUCCAAGGAAAGUUUUUACUCGCCAGUGCUACUAGAACAGGAUCAACAGCUAGACGAGCUCCCUGAGGACGCUGAGGUACCCCUUGGUCACACUCUGUCCGCAAAAGAGAAGGUUAUUCAGAAGGCAAAGCGACUAGGGCCGGGCGUCUAUCUCCGGGCGUUUAAGCUUAACAAGCCCGAUUGGCCCUUUCUAUGCAUCGGGUACUUGGGGGCAAUGUGUUCUGGCGUUAUCUGGCCGGUGUUUUCCAUUGCAUUUUCGGAGAUGAUCGACUCGUUUACGUUGAAUAACAAAGACCAAGUCGAAAAGUGGGUGCUGGUCUUUGUGGGACUCGGCCUCGCUGCCUUUCUUGCAAACUUCAUGAACCACUUUGGCGUGGGUAUAGCGGGUGAAAGACUCACUAAUCGUGUGCGCAUCGCCUGCUUCGAGAAACUCGUGCGCCAGCCUGUCUACUGGUUCGAUAGUCAGGAACACUCCGUGGGCAUCAUAAAGACACGUCUUAGCUCGGAUGCCACGCGUGUCCGAAACCUCGUGGGUGACUGCUUUAGUAUUUUUUUAACGGAGAUGGCUACAUUGACCUCUGGCAUUGUUAUUGCCUUUACUGCCUGCCCAAAACUGUCCGCCGUAGUUCUUGCUUGUGUGCCUGUCAUCAUGCUUGGUGCGGUGUUACAGAUGAAGCUGAUGUCUGGUUUUUUAGAAAACGGUGCAAAGGUUUACGCGGAAGCCGGUAAACUAGCGAAUGAGGCUGUUGACAACAUCCGGACUGUGGCUUCCUUAAGCGUGGGCUACCAUUUUCUUGAGCGGUACACAGAAAAGCUCAAUCAACCCGCCAGCGACAACAGAAAGAAAACACAAGUUGCUGCCAUUUCUUUUGCUUUCACGGAGUUUUCUACCUUUGCUAUAUGGGCGCUCUCUUUUUGGUAUGGAACCAGACUUGUAACAGAGGGCCACUGCCAGUUUAAGGAAAUGAUGAAAUCGAUCACCUCAAUUGUGUUUGGUGCCCUCACUUUAGGCCGAGUAUCCGCCAUGCUCCCAGAUAUGGCCACAGGAAAAGUUUCAGCUGCCCAUAUAUACCACUACUUGGAUUUAAAGUCAGAGCUUGACAUCACCGACGAAAAAGGCGAAAAGCCUGCCGCGUGUUCCGGAAACAUAAGUUUUUCUCGCACCCACUUUAAAUAUCCGACCCGUCCCAAUGUAAAGGUGCUGAAAGGUCUGAGCACCUCCGUCUCCUCCGGGAAGACCCUGGCGCUGGUUGGAGAGAGCGGCUGUGGGAAAAGCACGUUGGUGGGACUACUCGAGCGAUUCUACUGCCAGGAAAAGGGCGAAAUCUUCCUGGACGAGAUAAACAUUGAGGAUUACAACCUGAAAUGGCUACGCUCGAUGAUUGGCAUCGUCAGUCAAGAGCCAGAACUGUUUCAAAAGUCUGUUCGGGAAAACAUUGCUUACGGGUUUUCCAAGUUGGACACGACGGUCGUCACAGACGAGCAGAUUGUAAAAGCUGCCAAGAAGGCCAACGCGCAUGACUUUAUUAUGAAGCUGCCUGAAGGAUACGAUACCAACGUGGGUGAGAGGGGUAGCCUUCUGUCUGGCGGGCAACGCCAGCGAGUUGCUAUAGCCCGCGCGCUGGUUAGAGACCCUAAGAUCCUGCUGCUGGACGAGGCCACGUCGGCGCUGGACAGUGAGAGCGAGCGGAUCGUUCAGGAAGCCUUGGACCAAGCCAGGGAAGGCAGGACGACCAUCGUUGUUGCCCACCGCUUGACGACUAUCGAGCCCGCGGACAAGAUCUGCGUUAUAGCCAAUGGGAAGGUUGCGGAGUCCGGAAAACACGGCGAACUAAAACGACUAAAAGGCAUUUACGCCAAAAUGGUGGAAGCACAGAAUCGAUGAACAGCAGAGAAAGUAACUAAGGAGGAAAAUUCCUUACUUACUGGCCUAUGUGUGUAGCACCAAUCAACUUUGAAUAAAGCGAAAGCACGUUGGC